GCCUAGCAGCAGCAUUCAUGGUGAUAUUCGGAAUCAGCAUCGUCGACUACCUAUAGUCCACUCGGUUUCGUUGAAAAAGCGAUUUAUCAGUUGGGGUACUUCCCUCGUGAGUAGCUUUUAUUUUAGCUACUUCAGCUGUUUUUCACUGAUUGCGUUGAUGCGGUCAUAGGGGGUGAAUUCACGUUAGAUAAUGACUGAGAUGAUUGAGAACCAUGGGUAUCCUUAGGUAAUCCUCGUUCAUAGAGUCAUCUACAUGCUUGUCGUUUAGUUUUAUACUGGUCAGUGAAUCGGACACUGAUGAACACUACUUGAACUCACUGACAUUUCCAUCUACUGUUUGAUCUUGGUUCUUUUUGUUUUACUUUAGGCAUUUUUAUUAUUGAGUGAAGCGCAACGAGAUGAUUAUAUUCGAUCUUCGUCAACCGCGGAAACUGUUCAUGCAUCUUAUACAUUUGUUAAUAAUCAAAAACCAUCUUUCAGUUUAACUUGUGAUAUGAAAACAGCGCAAUGGGAAACGGAUAGCACAUUUGCAUUGAAAAAUAUUGUAUUUAAUGCUUAUCCUGGUGAUUUAAUCUGUGUAAUAGGUCCAGUAGGAUCCGGAAAGAGUUCUCUGUUACAAGCUUUAUCUGGUGAGAUUGCUUCUUUUUAUGGUAAAAUACGUGUGAAUGGAACAUUUUGUUACGUUCCACAAGAAUCAUGGAUAUUUUCAUCAUCAUUGGAACAAAAUGUUCUAUUUGGUAAAGAUUAUGAUCAAAAAUUAUUUAAAAAAGUUAUACAUGCUGCAGCGUUAGAAACAGAUUUUAUGCAAUUACCGAAUGGCAAACAUACGAUUGUUGGUGAUCAAGGUGUUACGUUAAGCGGAGGACAAAAAGCACGUGUAAAUUUUGCACGUGCCUUAUAUCGUGAUGCUGAUAUUUAUUUUUUGGAUGAUCCAUUAAGUGCUGUUGAUAUUAAAGUGUCUAAUCAUUUAUUUGAACAAUGUAUUAAAACAUAUUUAAAAGAUAAAAUAUGUAUAUUAGUUACACAUCAAGUACAAUAUUUAAAAGAUGCAACAAAAAUUAUUGUUUUGAACGAUGGUGAAGCUGUUGAACAAGGAACAUAUUCUGACUUAUUACUUUCAUCUGUUUCCUUUACAAAAUUACUUGAAGAUAUACAUCAACAUGGAAAUGAUAAUGCAAAAUCAAAUGAUGAAAACAACCGUCUUAAUUUAUCAGAAGAUGAUUCGGAUGAAAAGGUAUUAUGUACUUCACUUUUUUAG